CUAAAUCUGAGGUCAAGAUUUUCGAAUACCUACAGACUUCUAUAAAUAGACUGCCGACUUCGUCUCUAUGUUUGAAGACAGCCUUGGACAGUUCCAUAUUUGUGUUCAUUUGUUGUGUAUAAAUCACACAACUAAUAUUAAUGUUUCUGUUUUCACAUAAAUUCACACUCAUACAAACAGAAUGUAUGUUACGCAUAUGUGAACUGAAACAAGAACAACUUGGAAUCAGAUAUGUCAGAGCAUGUGGAAUUGCAGCAUCUAGUGGAUGCUGAUGUGGAAAAUAACACAACAAAUCAUAAAAGAAAGUUUUUUACUCUGUUGUGUAAAUCAUGUCCUUAUAUGGGUCUAGUAUUAGCAACACUGUCGUCUCUAUUCUUUUCACUAUGUAGUGUAAUAGUUAAGAGCUUAGUCGAGAUAAAUCCAACAGAAAUGGCAAUCUUUAGGUUUUUUGGGGUAUUGUUACCAGCUAUACCAAUUGUGAUUUAUAAAGGUGAACAUCCUUUUCCAAAAGGCCAUAGACUGAUACUUAUUCUGAGAAGUUUUAUUGGUACAACAGGACUUAUGUUAAGUUUCUACGCAUUUAGACAUAUGCCGUUGGCCGAUGCCUCAGUUAUUGUAUUUUCUGUUCCUGUAUUUGUAGCAAUAUUUGCACGGGUAUUUUUGAAAGAACCUUGUGGAUUAUUUAACGUUAUUACUGUAUGUUUAACAUUGAUUGGUGUGAUAUUGAUUACACGACCGUCAUUAAUUUUUAGUCAUACUGUAGAAUCUCUCUCAGAUGGUCAAGUUAAGUCAGAACAUGCAGAUUUAUGGGGUGCUAUGGCUGCUUUCUCAGCUACUUUAUUUGGUGCAAACGCAUAUGUUUUACUACGAGCGUUAAAAGGUCUUCAUUUCUCUGUUAUAAUGACAAAUUUUGGUUCAUUUGCUUUGAUUCAAACUACGCUUAUAUCAUGGGCAAUUGGUGCAUUAUGUAUGCCACAUUGUGGGACUGAUAGAGUUUUAGUUGUUGCACUCGCACUGUUUAGUUUUGCAGGUCAAAUCUUGUUAACUUUAGCCCUUCAGAUCGAACAAGCUGGUCCAGUGGCCAUAGCAAGAUCUACAGAUAUUGUUUUUGCGUUUUUUUGGCAAGUAUUAUUUUUUAAUGAAAUACCAAAUAGAUAUUCUGUAGGCGGGGCUAUAUUAGUCACUAGCUCAGUUUUGUUAACAGGCUUAAGAAAAUGGGCUCUUUCUUUACCAGAAACGUCAAAUAUAAAAAAAUCUCUUGGAAUCUUAAUGAUAUAAAUAAUGACUUUUUUAUUUAAAAAAGAAAGGAACUAAAAUAAACUACAAGAAGGAAUGCUCAAGAAGCAGUUAUAUAUGAAAAAUAAUAUUACAAGUAAUAGCAAUUUAAACGUUUGCUUUAAAAUGUGUGAAUUUAUAUGUAACGUAUUUUAGAUCUAUUAAUUCUGUUAUUAGCAAAUUCCAAUGAUUAUUUGAAAAUUCUAAUAUUAAA